AUUGUUUUAUUCGGAUAAAGCUAAUCGCGGUACACUUUGGGUCCUUCGCUACUUCUAGGCGCCAGUCGCCCUCUUGGGUUCUAGUUAGCAGCCUUACCGGAUAACUAUGGAUUCUGAUAAAUAACAGUGGAAAGUGAUUUUACAACUACUUUUGAAGACUUUUUAAAGACUCGGUACAAGACGAAGAAAUAGCCAUGAAUCUGGAAUUGCUUGAGUCAUUUGGGCAGAAUUAUCCAGAGGAGGCUGAUGGCACCCUGGACUGCAUCAGCAUGGCCCUCACCUGCACCUUCAACCGCUGGGGGACGUUGCUCGCCGUGGGCUGCAACGAUGGGCGCAUUGUCAUCUGGGACUUUCUGACACGCGGCAUUGCCAAGAUCAUCAGCGCCCAUAUACACCCGGUGUGCUCGCUCUGCUGGAGUCGAGAUGGUCACAAGCUUGUCAGUGCUUCCACGGAUAACAUUGUGUCCUUGUGGGAUGUCCUCACUGGCGAUUGUGAUCAGAGGUUCCGCUUCCCGUCACCAAUCCUCAAAGUGCAGUACCACCCACGUGACCCGAACAAAGUUCUUGUGUGCCCCAUGAAGUCGGCCCCAGUACUGCUCACCCUGGCUGAUUCGAAGCAUGUGGUCCUACCCGUGGAUGAUGACUCGGACCUCAAUGUAGUGGCAGCUUUUGACCGGCGUGGGGAGUACAUCUACACUGGCAAUGCCAAGGGAAAGAUUCUGGUGUUAAAGACGGACAACCAGGACCUUGUGGCUUCCUUCAGGGUGACGACGGGAACGAGCAACACCACUGCAAUCAAAUCUAUAGAGUUUGCACGCAAGGGCAGCUGCUUCCUCAUCAACACGGCCGACCGCAUUAUUCGUGUCUACGACGGCCGGGAGAUCCUCACCUGUGGCCGUGACGGCGAGCCAGAGCCCAUGCAGAAGCUUCAGGACCUGGUGAACAGGACUCCCUGGAAGAAGUGCUGCUUUUCUGGAGAUGGCGAGUACAUUGUGGCCGGCUCAGCCCGCCAGCACGCGCUCUACAUUUGGGAGAAGAGCAUUGGCAACCUGGUGAAGAUCUUGCACGGCACCCGUGGGGAACUGCUGCUGGACGUGGCGUGGCACCCAGUGAGACCCAUCAUUGCUUCCAUCUCCAGUGGGGUCGUGUCCAUCUGGGCCCAAAACCAAGUGGAAAACUGGAGUGCCUUCGCACCUGACUUCAAAGAGCUGGACGAGAACGUGGAAUAUGAGGAGAGAGAAUCCGAGUUCGACAUCGAGGACGAGGAUAAGAGUGAGCCUGAGCAGACAGGUGCAGAUGCCGCCGAAGACGAGGAGGUGGACGUGACCUCAGUUGACCCUAUCGUGGCCUUCUGUAGCAGCGAUGAAGAGCUUGAGGACUUCAAGGCCCUGCUGUACCUGCCCAUUGCCCCCGAGGUGGAAGAUCCCGAGGAAAAUCCAUUUGGGCCCCCGCCUGAAUCCAACACAGAAGAUGGCUCUGCCCAUUCUGGGAGCGGCGAUAAGAAGCAGCGGCAGCCCUCUGCGGAAGGAGCCCCCCCCAAGAAAAAGGCCCGCACCACCACCAUAGAGCUGCAGGGCGUCCCCAGCGAUGAAGUGCAUCCCCUGCUGGGAGUGAAAGGUGACAGCAAGUCCAAGAAGAAGGCAGCAGGGCGGCCCAAAGGAUCAAAAGGUAAAGAGAGAGAUUCCCCCUUUAAAAGCAAGCCCUUCAAGGGGGAGAGGGUCUUCCCUCUGGAAGGAGGAGCAGCGAAGGGCAAAGUGCAGGCAGAGCCGGGACAGCCGACAGCAGGGAGCCUGGUGCCACCAGCAUACAAACAGCACGAAGUCCAGGGCUUGGACUGAGUCUGAACACCUGCGGGAGGAGGGGGUCAUGCUGGCUACCUCACCCCUGCCCCCCCAAACCCCUCUCCUCAGCAGUGCUCUCUGGGCCUCAUUGCUGAUCGAUUCUCAGCACCUCCACCCCCCAGACGGCGUUCAGAGGGGAUGCCUGUGUUCACCUCAUGGCAGUCUUUUGUUCAGGGUGGGUCAGGGAGGUGUAGAAGAACCUGUUGCUUGCCACACAUGGACACUUGGGGCCCACCCCUGAUGCCACGUCACUCGGUGCGGCGCUCCCUCCGGAAUAUUCAGAGGGUGAGGAGCAGUGCCCGACACCGCCAGCUUUCCUGGGGUUAAAAACAUUUGGGCUCUUCUGAUUUCCUGGAAGCACUAAAUGCUGAUGAGUUGCAGGCCAUCUGUCCGUCUUCCUAAAACAGUGUGUGAAUAGUUCUGCCAUCUCUUGCUAUUUUAUCUUUCUUUUUGUUACUUUCUUUGAUGUAGGCAUGAUAUGUGUACUUCCAGUGGAUGUAUAUUCUUUUUAUGAAAAAUUCUGUACUCUGUAAAAAAAAAAAAAAAAAAAAAAAACGGAAAAAACAAAACGUUUAGAAUAAACUGCACCAGCUCAGUAAGUGUAAAUCUGGUGGCCGGUGCUUUUGUUCUGGAAAGGUCCAGGAGCAGAAGGAGCUUGUAAACUGCGCGGCCUGUGCUGUGAAAUCCGGGCCCCAGGGCCGUGACGGGCACGCUGGCUGUCGUUUGUGACCAUCUGCAAGGAUCUCUGAGAAAAGGUGCCAGACAAAGAGCAAUCAGUAAUGUAAAGCGAGCUCUAUUUUUAUAUUUAUUACAAACUGGGAGGAGCUGUGGUUUAUAGGGGAUGCCAUUGCAUGAGACUGUCAGAAGGCACUUUUCAUCAUCUGUGGAUUUCAAAUGUAACUUUUCAGAAACUCCCCACACCUACCUGCCCCACACCUACUUGCCCCACACCUACUUGCCCCACACCUACCUGCCCCACACCUACCUUCUCCACACCCAGCAACAUAAAGCUGUCUUCUGACACAUUAACUACAAGCUGUCACAGCAGUAUGAUUAAAACAUAUCUCCUCUUUGCCAGAGAGUGGGAUCCAGACCGCAGCUAAACAUGCGGAGAGGUUCUCCAUUGCAGUGAUCACUUUCUUUGUACUACAGCAGUCUGCUCAUGAAUUGAAAAAUAUUUUAUAUUGAAUUUUAAUGUUGUCCUUAAACUACACGGUAUGAUCUUGCACCAACUAAACUAGGCAGUAGUGGAGAAAUUCUUUUGAAAUGGCAUAUUUUAUUGGUUGCGUUAUAAGAGAUCGAUGCGUUAGCGAAGAAGAUUCCAUGAUGGGUUUUAAAUGUGCCCAGUUCCCAGCCAGUACUACCUGAGAGUGCCAGUCUACUUCAAGUGUCACUGACCUUUCUCAAGACAAUCUGCAUCCUUCACAAAAAGGAUGUUUAGAUACCAGCAUGUUUUGUGUCCUUUUUUCCCGCUUCCUUAUCACUGCCAAUCAAGCAGCCUGUAUCCAUGUAAAAGAUGUCUGUUCACAUAUAAAACUACAUUGGGGAUGAUUGCGGGUUUAAUUACUUAACAUUGGUUGCAGCCGUGACCUUUGUUGAAUAUUAUUAUACAAUAUUGAUGGAUGAUUUUAGCUCGGCAGAUGGACAGUGGCAACUUGUAGAAAUGUUUCGUUUGCAUAUGAUUGUGAUGUCAUGGUCAUGAUGUCGUUCCAGUGUUACCAUUGCAGCAUCUUUGUUCAAGACCAGUUCAUAUAGAAAAGCUUUAGUUGGUUACUCUCCGAUUUACUACCUUUUAUUCUCACAAUGGUUUUGCCGUAUAAAGUGUCUCCCUGACCUGACGUCUGCAGAUGUGUUGGAGCUGAAGCCAGGGAGCCUGUGAGGGUUGCUGCGUGGUGUUAGUGCGCAGUCCACCUUGAAGUGCUGCCCGUGGUCUAGGGAUGCGUGUGGGAACUGUGUUGCCUGAGUGAUGAUGGAGCCCACUGGGACCUCCAGAAACAGAGGGUGGAGUCGCCUAGUCACCAGGCAGCGAGAUUGCGGACACUCGCCGUCGCGGCAGGCAACCAUGUGGACCCGGACUGCUCAAGUGCUGCGAUGGAGACCAAGGGACAUCUCCACUUUACAGUCUCAUUGCCACGCUCAUGACAACAUCUCCAGCAAUGGCUCUGGCUUUGCCCAGUGGCGGAUGCUCUGGCUGGAUCGGGUGACACUUGGUCCUGUGCCGGAGAAGGAUGCAGGUACCUACUGUCGCGACGUGCGAGAUGCUGCCUUUCAAGUGGCGGAGAGGUUUUCCUUUGGAGUGAGGUGGCAAGGGUGCUGCACCUGGACCUACUGCUGCCCUCUCAAAGUGAAAUGCCCAGAAUGUAUCAACUGGGGCAGGAAACAUUCCCGUGUGUUUCAGGCUGUUGAAGAUAUUGGGCCCCAGCUUGUCUGUGUCUGUUUUGGCUACAGUUGCAUUUUACUUUUGCUGUUCUGUUGGCUCCAGUCACAUACAGACUGUCCACAUCUCCAAGCCAGCACACAAUGCUAAGACCUUCAGCUUAGCUCUCAGUCUUGUGUCAUCUCAUCUGGAGAUAUGACUUGAAGAUUGAGUCUGCAAAUCUUUAGCUCAGAACUGUGACCUGUUGAUCUGCAUGUCAGCAUCUAAAAUGCAUCUCAGUCCAUGGAUCUCCAACUGCUUUUGUAAGCGUGUGUUUACAAAAAUAAAGGUGACUAGGAAGUGAGUGAA